UUUCGACCAAUCGGAAUGAUUAGUUCCCGCAUUUGACUAUUGUCAAAGCAGUCUGUCUUGGGACACUGAUCGGGGUGCCUCGAGCUGUCUCACGCUCCCGUGCUAUCUGUUGACAAUUUUUCUAGCUGUGUUUCCUAUACGGUAUAGAAAGUUCUCGCUUGUGUAGGUCUCGUAAUAUAUAGACAAUCCUCUCGGUUUUCUGCGUGUGUUUCGGAAGUGCAGUGUUGUGCUAUAGUGCAGUGCCCACUGGAUUGUCUCCUGGAUGCAAUUCUUGGCACCUUCACGGAUCAGCUGAAUCAGCUCCGUGAACGUCAUGGCUGGCAUAAUCGAUCCAAAAGGAGACAUGAAGCCUUCAAUUCGUAAAAGAGGCUAUUAUUCCGAAAUUAUCACAGGCACGAAUGAAUAUCCCGUGAGACCAAAACUUACCAUUCUCGCAGCCGCGCCAAGAAGAACAAAAUUAUCUUGGCAAGUAAUGACCGAGCAUCACGCCGCCAUUGUAAAGAAUCUGGGAUCCGGACCACAAACACGUUUCCUGGGUGCCGCGGAACGUUGGAUUUCCUUUCCAGAAGAUCGAUCGAUCGCCUUUCCGGCCGAGGCAUUCGCGCCGAAAGUUCAAAUGGAAAUGUACGUUGAGCCCAAGCACAUUCCGCGGAACGUGGAAAUGGAAAGAAGACGAAGGAUUUAUAGACUGUUAAAGGUCGAGGACGCACUGGAGAGCGAAGGAGUUUUGUCACGUUAUUUAUUACCUUAUCACGUUGUCCGCCCACUGUGCCCAAGCAAUGAAUUUUAUGGUCUUCGUUCAACAAUGAAUUAUUUGCCACUAGAAAUAUUCGAUGACAUGGAAUACGAUUGCAGAACUGUAGACGACUGGCUCGUUCUUGGCACUAUUGAUGGCUUUAGGCAUCCACUGCCUGCUGCAGUAUUUGUCGAGAAUCGAGAAGAGGUACGAUUGAUUGCCAAUGACAAUCGUAUGGAUCAUUUGUACGGCUGGUAUAAUGCUGCCGUAAUGGGUUACAACGACGAUACAAAAUUAUGGAAAGUAUACAUAUUGGAUGGUUCUCAUAGAACUUACACACUGCCAAGAAUAUAUAUUCGGUUUUACGCCGAAGAUCCACGAUUAUUCAGCAAGAGAAUCGUUGCUGCACUCAAGGAUCGUAAUACGGCUGAAGCUUGCAUCAGAUACAAUUUUUAUAUAGAUUGUAUGCAGCUCGACGGAAUGCCUACUAUCAGCCAGGAUAAAGAUAAUAUUAUGUCAUUAGUGUUGCAAAAUGGGAAAUUGAAAUUCAAUCCAAAGAAAAUUGACGCCAUUGUUCAAGAAAUCAGUCUUGACUAUCAGCGUACGAUGUGCGAUUUGAAAUGCCGACAGCUUAUUGAAACGUAUCCGGAUGUAUUUCAAUUCGUUAAAUGGGUACCGACAAACGAGGAGACUUUGGUGCCGAUCAAUGGAAAGAUCGAUACUGGAAUGAAUGACUUUUCAAAACGCAAGAGCCUCUUUCACUGGAUAACACUGUACGUUUAUCGUGAAGUGCACGAGGCUAUGUGCUGUAUCGUUGCUGAAUGCAUUAAUGUCAGUGACAUGACUCUGUUUUCAUUAAACUACGGCAAGUCAUGGACUCUUGAUGAUUUCGAGGCCCAACAAACUCAGACGACAGUCACGACGUUCAAAUAUCUGAGGGAACGUUGGCUGGAAAAGAUGACGCAGUCGAUCAGGAUGUGCCUCAGGGAUAUUGGUAAAGGCUGGUUCAACCUGGAGCAGAAGGAUCAUCACGUUUAUGAUGUGAUGAAGCUAAAGAGAUUCAUGAACUUGACUAUGUUGAGAAUGCAGAAUGCACUUAGAAAUCUUGUAGAACGUUCCAUGACUCUUUACCUUCAUAUGCUGGAGACACCAGCAUUGUGUACACUGAAUGUUGAUGAUGACUUUUCAUGGGGCAGUGAUCUUAUGGAUACACAGUUCAAACCUGCUGUUAAUCCAGUGUUCAAUAUUCAAUUAACGAUGAAUAUGGAAUCAGCUUACUAUUCCACUGAUCCAUUGUUAUUCGAGAAAGUCAUCGUCUCUCUCUUUGAUAAUGCGCUGAGACUCUGCCAUCAGAUCCGACAGGUUCAUCCCUUUUUGCUGACAAAUUUGAAGUUUCCUCAAGAUCUUUUUCUCAGCUCGGUAGGACUAAUGGAGGAGCUAGUACGUAAUGCGAGGGAGCGUUUGCAAUUGGCUUAUCGAAAAUCCUUGAUUCCACUUAACGCUUAUUGUAAAGAGUAUAACCAGUUUCUUACUCUGUACUCGUUGGACGUGCCUUUGUACGGCGAAAGUUUCAUGAAGGAAAGUCGUACGGCCGCAGAGGUGAAGGAGGAAAUUUCAAUGCACCUUCGACUGAAUCACAGCCUGGAGGUGACAGUGCCGAAAUGUAUGUGGAUAGGACCGUACAACGUGAACGUUCAACCACUGAAGACUUUUUUAGUUAAUAAAAGAAUGAAUCUUGCUACUACGCUAUUGAAUAUGUUUGCCGAGAGACUGCGUAUUCAGACCGAAGAAAUUCUUGAAGAAUAUCGCGGUAUUUGUAGAAGAUUAAAGGAGGCUCCGAAGAAUGUGGAAGAUAUCUUUGAAUUAAAGGAAUGGAUGGAGACCAUACCUCUCACAGUUAAGAAUCUUGAUGAUGGUGUACAGAAGCUCAAAAUGGAUUUUGAUAUUUUGGAUUUCUUCCGGUGGAACCUAUCCGAUGCGGAUUUUCAGGCCAAGUGGGAGGCCAUAGGAUAUCCCUUAGAAAUUCAGAUACAAGUCGAGGAGUCCAUCGGGUAUCUUGCUGAGGAGCAGAAUAAGUUUUAUAAAAUUCAGCUAUUGGAUGAAAUCAAUUUGACAGAGCGUAUAGAAAGUCUUGUUGGAAAUUUGACUAAUAUUUCUCUGCAAAUGGAUAUAAAUAAAACACACGAGACGGCCAUUGACGUGAAAAGAAUGUGGAAGAUGAUGAUGGAGUGUCAGGAACAAGGACUUUUGUUAAACGAGAGGCAAAAACUCUUUGGGGUACCAGUUGUGCCAUUUGAGGAACUUACAAAACUUAUAAAAGAUUUCGAUCCGUAUAAGAGUCUGUGGCUUACCGCGUCUGAUUGGUUAAAAUGGUAUGACAUUUGGAUGGACAAUCCUUUAAUUAAUAUCGAUGGACAAUUAAUUGACAGUAUGGUAAACGACAUGUACAAGAUAAUGACAAAGUCCGCGAAGACUUUUCAGGAUCAGCCAAAGGUCGCCAAUGUCGCCAUUCAAAUAAGAGAUCAAAUUGAAACUUUCAAACCGUUUGUCGGGAUGAUGCAGUCCUUUAGAAAUCCUGGAAUGAAGCCAAGACACUUUGAAGAACUUAGUGCCCUCACCGGCAUCCAGAUGGCACUGACGCCGACAUUAACUUUCAAAAAUUUACUCGUUCUGGGCAUAAUGAAUUAUACCGACACAGUUCAGGAGGUAGCAGAAGGUGCUGCCAAGGAGUACGCAAUAGAGGAAUCAUUGGAUAAAAUGAUAGCUGAUUGGUCGACUAUUAAAAUGGAGAUUAUACCUCAUAAAAAUACAGGUACAUACAUCAUGAAGAUUCCUGAUGAAAUUGCUAUGUUGCUGGAUGAUCAUAUCCUCAAUACACAGCAAAUUAGUUUCAGUCCAUUUAGGGCUACAUUUGAAGAUAGGAUCACCGAGUGGGAAGCAAAAUUAAAAUUAACCCAAGAAAUUAUAGCCAUCUGGAUAGAAGUACAAAAAGCCUGGCUGUAUCUGGAACCAAUAUUCGCCUCGGAAGACAUUAGCAGGCAGCUUCCCGUCGAAGCAAAAAAAUAUAAUACCAUGGAAAGAAAUUGGCGACGCAUUAUGAAGAAUGCUCACGAGUGUCCAUACAUAAUUGAAGUAUGUCCGGAUAAGACACUAUUCGAGAGUCUGAAGGAGUGUUUAACUUUGUUGGACGUAGUGCAAAAAGGUCUGUCGGAUUAUCUCGAGACCAAGAGAAUGAUAUUUCCUAGAUUCUUUUUUCUGAGCGACGACGAACUCCUGGAGAUCCUGGCGCAGUCUAAGAACGUGCGAGCGGUGCAGCCCCACCUUAAGAAAUGCUUUGAAAAUAUGAAAGAAUUAAGAUUCGAGGAAGACUUAAGGAUUACCAGGAUGUAUUCCGCCGAGUACGAGGAGGUCGUGUUGUCGCCAUCGAUAUAUCCUGAAGGCAAUGUCGAGAAUUGGUUGGGUCUGGUUGAAGAUACCAUGAGGAGUACCUUGAGAAAUAUUAUUGGCAAGUCUUUAGAGGUUGUCGAGGAAACGCCAAGGAAAAGCUGGGUUUACAUGUGGCCAGGUCAGGUCGUUAUAUGUGCCGGGCAGACCUACUGGUCUGCUCAUGUCGAAGAUGGCAUCGUUAACAAUACCUUGAUGAACUAUUACAAGCUGAUGCUCUCUCAUCUGGAUGAUUUGCGCGAGUUGGUACGAGGGCAGCAGACGGAAAUUCAAAGAUUGAUGUUAGAGGCGGUUAUCACUGUUGAAGUUCACGCCAGGGAUGUCCUGUACAAACUGAUACAGGAACGUGUGGUAAACGUUAACGACUUCGACUGGAUAUCGCAGUUGAGAUACUAUUGGGUAGAUGGCACUGACUUGAAAGUCAGGGCCGUUAACGCAGAGUUCCCUUAUGGAUACGAGUAUCUCGGCAACAAUGGUAGAUUAGUUAUCACUCCAUUAACGGAUCGAUGCUACUUGACAUUAACUGGCGCCUUGCAUUUGAAAUUCGGCGGCGCACCAGCCGGCCCAGCUGGGACUGGUAAAACAGAGACGACAAAGGACUUGGCAAAGGCAUUGGCUAUACAAUGCGUCGUCUUCAACUGUUCCGAUCAAUUGGAUUUUAUGUCGAUGGGGAAAUUUUUCAAAGGAUUAGCAAGUGCCGGUGCUUGGGCUUGCUUCGAUGAAUUUAAUCGUAUCGAUAUCGAAGUACUUUCUGUGAUAGCUCAGCAGAUCCUUACCAUACAGAAAGCUCAGCAAAUUCGAGCCGAACGAUUUAUGUUCGAGGGCGUAGAACUUAGUUUGAAGGCAGCUUGCGCCGUAUUCAUCACGAUGAAUCCAGGAUACGCAGGACGUACGGAACUUCCCGAUAACCUAAAAGCGUUAUUUCGUCCGGUGGCUAUGAUGGUGCCUAAUUACACUCUGAUCGCUGAGAUAUCGUUGUUCUCUUAUGGAUUUAGCGACGCUAAAAAUCUUGCUGGCAAAAUUACUACAACGUUCAAGCUAAGCUCCGAACAAUUAAGCAGUCAGGACCAUUAUGACUUUGGCAUGAGAGCCGUUAAGACGGUUAUUGCCGUUGCUGGGAAUCUUAAAAGGGAGCAAAGAAAUAUGGAGGAACAACAAAUCUGUUUGAGGGCACUGAGGGACGUGAACGUACCAAAAUUCCUGAAGGAUGAUCUUAAAUUGUUUAACGGCAUCGUAUCCGACCUUUUUCCUAAGCUGGUGGAGGAAACAGUAGACCAUGGUAUUCUGGAGGCAGGAAUCAGAAGAUCCAUCAAGAAAAUGGGUCUCCAGGACGUGAACGAAUACGUCAGCAAAGUAAUCCAGCUGUAUGAAACCACUGUGGUACGUCAUGGCUUAAUGCUGGUGGGACCCACAGGAUCAGGAAAGACAAGGUGUUAUGAGAUACUGAAGGAUGCCUGCACGAGUCUGAAGGGUAAAAUACAGCCUAGUGGGAAACCAUUCACUCCGGUACAUACCUACGUGCUCAAUCCAAAAUCCAUUACCAUGGGUCAGCUCUAUGGUGAAUAUGAUCUAGAUACCCACGAAUGGACAGAUGGAAUACUCUCGACGUUAAUCCGUUCCGGAACUGCCGCAACGGACAAGGAAAAACGCUGGUACGUUUUUGACGGUCCAGUGGAUGCUGUAUGGAUUGAAAAUAUGAACACGGUCUUGGAUGACAAUAAAAAGCUCUGUUUGACUUCUGGGGAAAUUAUGAAGCUUUUACCUACCCAGACGAUGAUGUUCGAGGUGGCCGAUCUGAAGGUAGCGUCACCGGCUACGGUAUCAAGAUGCGGUAUGGUUUACUUAGAACCUGGUGGUUUGGGAUUAAAUCCAUUUAUAGACUGCUGGCUCAAUUCUUUACCUAAUAAUAUGGCUGAUCAUCUUCAAGAGAUAUCACAGCUGACUUAUUACCUCGUGCUACCUGGAUUGACCUUUUUGAGAGAAAAUUUACGCGAAAUUGUAGCCACUGUCGAUUCUGGAUUAAUACAGUCUUACAUUAAUCUUAUGAAUUUUCGUAUUGGACCAAUGGCAGGACGCGAAGGAAAAGCACCUCCUUCUCCUCUGUUACAAAGGACAAUACCAAAACUUUUAACACCCUGGGUGGCGUUCUCGCUCGUUUGGAGCUUAGGUGGAAGCUGCGACCACAGGAGUAGAAUUUUAUUUAACAACUGGCUGAGGGAAAUGCAGAAAGUGGCUAAGCACAAUUUGCAGUUUCCGGCAGAAGGACUAGUUUUCGAUUACAGAUUGCACGAUGGCGGUUUUACGGAUCCGAUAGAAGAUAGCGAACCGAUUCCACCAAAAUGGUUAAAGUGGCUUGAAGAUAUUCCACCUAUAAGAAUAACAACGGAUAUGAAAUUUGCAGACAUAGAAGUCCCGACAAUGGAUAAUAUUCGUAGCGGAACACUCAUCGGUUAUUUAUUGCUCAACGAGACAAACAUUUUGUGCGUGGGACCAACCGGAAGUGGGAAGACACUGACGAUAUCAGCCAAGCUCUCAAGAAACAUGUCGAAGAAAUAUGUUUGCGAUUUUAUCGUAUUUUCCGCCCGCACAUCCGCAAAUCAGACUCAGGAUCUGAUCGAUUCGAAACUUGAAAAGAGACGCAAGGGAGUUUAUGGACCAUCUGUAUUGAAGAAGCAAGUUUUCUUCAUAGAUGAUUUGAAUAUGCCCGCGCUUGAAAUAUAUGGCGCCCAACCGCCAAUCGAACUUAUUCGACAAUUUAUGGAUUUCAAUGGUUGGUACGACAGAAAGGAGAUAGGAUCCUUUCAUUUCUUGGAAGAUGUGAAUUUCGUGGCUGCAAUGGGACCACCCGGAGGAGGAAGGAAUCCCGUGACGUCACGUUUAUUACGUCAUUUCCACUAUCUGGCGUUUCCAGAAAUGGAGGAGGAUUCUAAGAAAAACAUCUUUGGCGCUAUACUACGAUCUUGGCUUCAGCGAACAACAGACUUCGAGUAUCUAUUGGAAUCUAUGGUAUCUGCUACAUUGUACGUUUUCUCAACGAUUUCCAAGGAGCUUUUACCCACGCCAGACAAGUCUCACUAUACCUUUAAUCUUCGAGACUUGAGUAAAGUCUUCCAAGGGAUCCUUAUGGCGGAGCCUGAUAAGAUGGACUCUGUGGAGAAGCUACUUGCGCUCUGGUAUCAUGAAAACAGCCGCGUUUUCAGCGAUCGACUUGUCAACAACGAGGAUCGUGAAUGGUUCGAGAAGCUUAUGCAAAAAAUCUUGAAGGAAUAUUUCAAAAGUGAUCGUGACACUGUGGUCGCUGGUGAUGUCCUAUUUUUCUCGGAUUUUUGCGAGAGCAACGGGCAAUACGAACGCAUAAAGGAUCUUGAGAACACGGAGAAAAUACUUUUGGAUUUUCUUUACGAUUAUAACAACUCGACAACGGCACCCAUGAGAUUAGUCCUUUUCCAAGAUGCGAUAAGUCACCUCUGUAGGAUUGGACGUAUUUUGAGGCAGCCACGUGGAAAUGCUCUUCUCCUUGGGAUGGGAGGAUCUGGACGUAGAAGCCUUACAAAACUCUCCACCCAUAUAGUGGAGUACAGCUGCUUUCAAAUAGAACUUAGCAAGGCGUAUUCUAACAGCGACUGGCGAGAGGAUCUGAAGACAAUGAUGCUGAGGGCUGGUUUACAAAAACGAUCUAUCGUCUUUCUCUUCUCGGAUACCCAAAUUAAAAAUGACUCUUUUCUGGAAGAUCUUAACAAUAUCCUAAAUAGCGGGGACGUGCCGAAUAUCUAUCAGAGUGAUGAACUUGAUAGGAUAUUUCAAUUAAUGCGUGGACCCGUACAAGAAGCUGGAUUACCUACGAAUAGAAGCAAUUUAUUUGCAGCAUAUCAGAAGAUAGUUAGGAACAAUUUGCACACAGUAAUAACCAUGAGUCCUAUAGGGGAAACAUUUCGUGCUCGUAUCAGACAAUUUCCUGCUAUCGUCAAUUGUUGCACCAUCGAUUGGUUCAGUCCGUGGCCUGAAGCUGCGUUACAAACGGUGGCGCUGCAGUUCCUCUCGGAGAUUCAGGAUUUUUCAGUUAAUGAAAAAAUACUUAAAUCCAUCGUGAAGACCUGCCAGUAUAUGCAUUCGAGCGUUAUCGAAGCAAGCGAGCACUUCUUGGUGGAACUUAAUCGUCACAACUACGUCACGCCAACCUCCUAUCUUGAAUUAUUGUCCAGCUACGGUGAUCUUCUGUCCAAAAAAAAGGAGGAGCUCGUUUCCGGAAUAUCGCGAUUAGUCACAGGUCUUGACAAAUUGGCCAGUACUGAGGUUGAAGUUAAGGAAAUGCAGUCAAUUUUAUUGAGUAUGAAACCUGAAUUGGAUAGAGCUACUGCAGCAACGGCGGAGAUGAUUGAUGAAAUUACGAAGGAAACGGUCGAAGCUGAAAAAACAAAAGCAAAGGCGUUGGAACAGGAAGAAGAAGCUACUAAAUUGAAGAAAGAUAACCAGGCUAUAAAAGACGAAGCUGAAGCGGACCUGGGCGAAGCAAGACCCAUGUUGGAGGCUGCGGAAGCUAGUUUAAAGUCUUUAAAUAAAGGUGACGUCACUGAGGUAAAAGCAAUGAAGAGGCCACCAGUAGGGGUUGUUCUUGUAAUCGAAGCUAUGUGCAUUGUAAAGGAUGUGAAGCCAAACAAGAUCCCGGGGAAAAUGCCUGGUGAAAAAAUCCUCGAUUACUGGACACCAGGAAGCCAAAUGCUUGCGGAUCCAGGCCACUUCCUCAGCUCCCUAGAGAACUUCAACAAAGACGAGAUCACCGAAGAGAUGAUAAAUAGACUCAAACACUACGUUGAGAAUCCAGCAUUUCAACCACAGAAAGUCCUCCAGGUCUCAAAGGCGUGUCACUCGCUUUGCCUCUGGGUUCACGCGAUGUACAAUUAUUAUUUUGUCAACUUGAAAGUCGCCCCCAAAAUGGAAGCUCUAGCUAAAGCUGAGGAAGCACUUCUGGAAACCGAGAGAACUCUUGCACUCGCCAUGAGUCGCCUCAAGACUGUUGAAGAGGGCAUCGAAUCGCUGCAGAAAAAAUUAGAGCAGGAGCAGGACAAAAAGUCGGAACUGGAGCGACAGAAGCAACUCUGCGAGGAGCGAAUGUCCAGGGCGGUCAAAUUGAUCGCUGGUCUUGCCGAUGAGCAAGAAAGAUGGAUUAACACGGUAGCUCAGAUAGAAAAAUCGCUGAAGAACGUUGUAGGGGAUAUUCUCCUAUCUUCCGGUGCCAUAGCUUACCUGACUCCCUUCAACGAUUCCUACCGCGAGAAACUUAUGAAAUCCUGGUACAGCGUCCUUGGCGAAGGCGUACCACACACUCCAGGAUGCCAUCCUGUCUCUACUCUGGGAGAUGCUGUGGAAAUUCGAAAAUGGCAAAUGGACGGUCUUCCUAGAGACUCAUUGUCAGUAGAAAAUGCGGUGCUUGUCACCAAUUCGAAACGUUGGCCAUUAUUUAUCGAUCCUCAAGGCCAGGCUAAUAAGUGGAUACGCAACAUGGGCAAGACUAGCGGCCUGUCAAUAGUAAAAAUGACUGACAAGGAUCUAGUGCGUGUCCUAGAAAAUUGUGUGAGAUUCGGCAGAUCGUGUCUCAUUGAGAAUAUCGUUACUGAGAUGGAAGCUGCGCUGGAUCCCAUUCUCACUAGAGCGUUAUUCAAACAAGCCGGUCAAUUGGUGAUAAAGAUUGGCGACAACAUAGUGCCAUUCAGUUUUGAUUUCCGACUUUAUAUAACGACUAAGUUACCAAAUCCCCAUUAUACACCAGAAAUCGCCAUUAAGGUUUUACUUGUAAAUUUUACACUGACAAUAAGUGGAUUUCAGGAUCAAAUGUUGUCACUGGUAGCGAUGCAGGAGCGUCCUGAUUUGGAGGAAAGCAGAAGCGCUUUAAUUGUAUCGAGCGCGCAGAUGAAGAGAGACCUGAAGGAUAUCGAAGACAGAAUCUUAUAUAGGCUUUCGGUAUCCGAAGGUUCAGCCGUUGAUGACCUUGAUCUCAUACAUACUUUAGAAGCUUCGAAAGUUAAGAGCGAGGAAAUAAAGGCAAAAGUUCAAUCGGCUGAAAUCACUCAAGCAGAUAUUGAUAUUACAAGAUCGUUAUACAUACCCGUAGCGAAUAGAGCACAAAUUCUUUUUUUCUGUCUCUCUGAUCUUCAAUAUGUGGACACCAUGUAUCAGUAUUCACUCGAGUGGUUCAUCAAUAUAUUUGUCAAUAGCAUCCUCUCCACAGAUAAGGCCGCAACCGACAUUAACAAGCGCAUCUCAAAUAUCAAUGAUAACUUCACAUAUGCCCUAUUCUCGAAUGUCUGCAGAAGUCUGUUUGAGAAGCACAAGCUCCAUUUUGCAUUUUUGUUAUGCGCACGAAUACACAUCGACGAUAAUCUGAUAGAUCCUAUUGAAUGGAGACACUUUUUAUCAGGAGAAAUUUCGCCUCAUGAACUACCAAAUCCAGCUCCUAAUUGGGUAUCAACACGUUGUUGGAAGGAGAUUCAAGCUCUUGAAUUACUCCCGAAGUUUUCGAAAUUCACUUCAGACUUUGGAAAAUCAAUUAUAGAGUACAGAGCCAUCUUUGAUUCUCAAGAACCGGAAAAAGAAUUCUAUCCGGAACCUUGGCAAUCGAGAUUGGACGACUUUCAGAAGAUGCUCCUGCUCAAAUGUCUCAGACCUGAUAAGAUCACCAAUUCCAUGCAGAUAUAUUUGACUAAAUAUUUUGGCUCGCGUUUUGUGGAACCUCAAGCUGUGGAAUUAUCAGUAAUUUUUAAGGAAUCAUCUCCUACUAUGCCACUGGUGUUUGUACUGUCAACUGGUACAGAUCCAGCUGCCGAGUUGUACAAGUUUGCCAACAGAUUAAAAAUGGCAAAGAAACUUUCUACUAUAUCUCUGGGGCAAGGCCAAGGACCGCGGGCUGAAUUGAUGUUAAAAGAGUCGAUAGAAGUUGGAAAUUGGGUAUUUUUUCAGAAUUGCCAUUUGGCACCCAGUUGGAUGCCAAAAUUGGAGCAACUGGUGGAAACACUUCCAGAGACAGUCCAUCGAGAUUUUCGUUUAUGGCUGACUUCGACACCUUCCCCGGAUUUUCCAGUCAGUAUACUUCAAAAUGGAAGUAAGAUGACGGUGGAACCACCCCGAGGACUUAAGGCCAACAUGCUUCGUGCCUAUUUGACUCAAGUGAUCGAAAUGCAGGAUUUUAUGCAUUCAGAACAUGAAAAAGUGACAGCGUUCAAGUGGCUAUUAUUUUCUCUCUGUAUGUUCCAUGGGGCUUUACUCGAAAGAAGAAAAUUCGGUCCUCUUGGUUUUAAUAUACCGUAUGAAUUUACGGACGGUGAUUUAACCAUAUGCAUAUCACAAUUGCAUAUGUUUCUAUUGGAAUACACAGAGUUACCGUUCAAGGUUCUCAUAUACACGGCUGGUCAUAUUAAUUAUGGCGGACGUAUAACGGACGAUUGGGAUCGUCGUUGCGUCCUGACGAUCCUCCAGGACUUUUACGACGGCAAGGUUGUUUCGCCUACAUAUAACUUUGACGUACACGAAGUGUAUCAUCAAUUACCAGCCGACACCAAGUUUGACGAUUAUAUUAAUUACAUCAAAACAUUCCCACUUAAUGAUGACCCCGCCAUAUUUGGUCUCCAUCCGAAUGCCGACAUAAGUUACGCCCAAGCGGAAACCUACGCUUGUUUAGAGACGUUACUGGCAUUACAACCCAAAGAGAUCGGCAGUGCAGUUGCCAGUAUGGAGGAUGUCACGAGUCAGCUUGCCAAGGAUAUUUUGUCAUCCAUUCCAUCGUUAUUUGAUCUUGCAGUGAUUCAACAGAGGUACCCGGUUCUUUACAAAGAGUCACUCAACACCGUAUUGAUGCAAGAAGCGAAAAGAUACAAUGGUCUUCUUCAGGAACUAAAAUUGACAUUACAGGAUCUCUUGAAAGCUUUAAAAGGACUGGUAGUGAUGUCGGAAAAACUUGAAACGAUGGCGUUCAGUUUAUUCGUUAACAAAGUACCAAAGGUCUGGCAGGACAAGGGUUAUGCCUCUUUAAAACCUCUUGGAGCAUGGGUCUUGGAUCUAAAAGACCGUAUAAACUUUAUAACGAGCUGGCAGACUAACGGGAUACCACCGGCUUUCUGGAUAUCUGGUUUUUACUUUCCUCAGGCAUUUCUCACUGGAACACUUCAGAAUUACGCAAGAAAACACAUCGUAUCUAUAGACAGUAUAGAUUUUACCUUUCGGGUAUUGAAUGAAAAACCUGUCACAAGGCCGGAGGAUGGAUGUGUUAUCUAUGGCCUGUUUCUCGAGGGAUGCAGAUGGUCAGGAACCCAUCUUGCUGAAUCAUAUCCCAAGGAACUUUAUACUGAGAUGUCGCCUAUACUGUUUCUACCGGAAGUCAAUCACAGAGUACCGGAAACUGAUAUAUACGAGUGCCCCGUUUAUAAAACGAUCAAGAGAGCUGGAACUCUCAGUACCACAGGACAUUCGACCAACUUCGUAUUGUCUAUGGAAAUUCCCAGUAAGGCGGUGCAAUCCCAUUGGAUUAAAAGAGGCGUGGCUAUGAUAUGUGCCUUGGAUUAUUGACGGGAACAAAUUAUGCCUUCGUUAUGAUUAUAUUCACCUACCUUCGACGUUUCGUCAUAAAUAAGAUGCUAAGAGCAUUAAUCUUCUACGGCACGGACGCCCCAUUGCUGUUUUCAUAUUUGGAAAGCAUAUUGUAUCCACAGACUACAGAUCCGUUUCCCGAGUCUUAACAAUUGAAAAACUGGAACGACGUGGAGUAUACGAGAAUUAAGAAAUUGUAGUUUGUCUAAAAUUAAAAAGAAUAUAUACAGGCUUCCCUUUUGUCAAAGUAAAAAUGUGGCCGAUGCCAGUAUUUACUGUCGGAUAUUUCUUUGUCUGUAUAAAUUUAUCUCUGUGUAUCCUUUUACUGUCUUGUUAUAUAGAAAGUAGUUGUCUGGCUUAUACUUGAGAUAUUUUUUUUCAGCCCUUGGCAAUCGUAAAUCAUUGUUAUAUCACAGCUUAGCAAGGAUCACAGGAAAAUACAGCAACACAAAAAUAGAGGGUUACACUGAGGCUACUUUGAAAUUAAUGAGAUUUAACAGUCACGGUAUAUUGUCAUCCUGUCAGGUGUAGUGUUAUUAUUAAUGGCACGAUAAAGCUAUUUAUUAAGCCAUGUCUGUGUGGUACAUGAAGUAAUUUAAUGACAAGAUUUAAUUAAAUGCAUAUAAGUGUAAUUUAAACUUAUUACUGAUCCAAAGAACAGUAGAAAGUAGAAAAGGAAAGGGAUCGUCCUUGUCAAAUUUAACCCAGUAAAUCCAUGACUAGUGAAAGGUUGUAGAAGAAGAAUCUGAAAUCGUGCUAGGUCCAGUACAAAUGUGUCAGAUGACCAGGAGAUUAGGUAUGUCACUUAUGGAGAACAAAUAACGUGGGAUUUAAAGGGGAGCCAUUAUGGUCGGGUCAGUGUCACUAAGGCUAUCCGGUGACAUCUUGAUGCUUAAUUAAA